GCCCAUAGCGAUAGCCUAUAAAUAAGUAUUAUCCCUCGCUCCGCACAGUCAUUCUUAGAGUUUCGCUGGAGCCCCCGUAGUUACACAGGUUGCACUGACGAGUAGCUUCCUGUUCGUUUAAAUCAAAGGAGAGCUUCUAUCUCUUUGGAAAACCAUACAAACAUGCCUAAGUGCCCCAAAUGCGAAAAGGAAGUCUACUUUGCCGAGAGGGUAACCUCUCUGGGGAAGGACUGGCACAGACCGUGCCUGAAGUGCGAGAAAUGCAACAAGACCCUGUCCGCUGGCUCGCACUCUGAGCACAAUGGAAAGCCUUACUGCAACAAUCCUUGCUACGCUGCCCUUUUCGGACCCAAAGGAUUUGGCCGAGGAGGAACUGAAAGCCACACAUUCAAGUAAAGUGUAGCGAUGAUUACCUUGGAGAGACUGGAUUAUUUGAAACUGACAGAAGGCAGCAUUCAAGCAAAUCCAAACCUCAAACUAAAUGUCCUCCUUUUUGGAAGCCCACUACCUUAUAUUAAUAUGAAAUAAUGGCUUCAAGCGUUCCAAACGUGUCCCGAUAUUUCAGGAUAGUUUCUCUGAGCUUCGCACCUAUAGCCAAAUUUCCAUUAUUUUAUUUUAUUCUUUUGAAUAAAACAUCAGUCUUGAAUUUCGAA